GCAUCAUAUAAUUAUCCUUCAGUCCAUUGUAUAGUCAAAACCAUGCCUGCCACAUCCCCAGCCAUCCUCAUCCUCGGCGCAGGCCCAAACGUCGGGUCGCACGUAGCCAAAGCAUUCGCCUCAAAAGGCUACAAAGUCGCUCUCGCCGCCAGAAAAGCAAAGGAAGCAGACAAUACACCUGACCAAGUCAACAUCCCCAGCGAUCUUUCAGAUCCAAACUCCGUUGUCAAUGCCUUCUCGAAAGUCAAAGCUUUGCUGGGCCUCCCCAGUGUUGUCGUUUACAAUGCUGGAGCAUUAACCAUGAACAACGCAAAGAACCCGCUCUCCCUUCCCUUGGCAGACUUCACUCGCGACUUCAUCGUCAACACAACCUCCGCUUUCGUAGCCGCACAGCAAGCUGUGCUAGCUUUCGAACAGCUCCCUGAAUCUGCAUCAAAGACAUUCAUAUACACAGGCAACAUCACAAAUGUUGUUCCCCUUGCACCUGUUCUUGAUUUAGGUGUAGGGAAGUCGGCGACAGCGCAUAUCAUCCAGUCUGCGGCUGCUGCGUAUAAGGACAGAGGGUUCAAGUUCUAUUAUGGUGAUGAGAGGAAGGCUGAUGGGUCGGCUGCUUUUAUGGACAUUGACGGGGAUGCUCACGGGAAGAUGUAUCUUGAACUUGCUGAGGAGAAGGAACAGGGGCCUUGGCAGCAGACGUUUGUAAAGAAUGUGGGGUACAAGAACUUUGCUUGAUUUUUAAGUCUCACUUGGGAAGAAAAAUUCUUUCUCGUAUUUGUGUUUGGAGCUUGGAAAACCUAGGAAUUUAUAUUUUUGAAACAAG